AUGAUCCUCACGAAGCAACAAAACUCUGAUCUGACUGGUAUCCAAUUUUCCAGCAAUUUGUAUUGCUGUGCGCCUACUAUGACGGCACUAAACGAAAUUAUUGACCCUGACGGGGACACUCUGAUAAUCAUUCCGUACACGACUAGUUCAUCUGAGACCACGGAUGCUAGUGAGACUACCCACAGCCACGAAGGUACUGAUACAGAUACAGUAACAGAAACUCGGUUCAAGGUAUCCAGAAACCAUCUUACGGUAGCGUCUCGACGCGCGAAAAGAAUGUUUCAAGGAGAGUAUCUUGAAACCCAGAAAUCGGAGAUUGACGGCUGCUAUCACUGGAAAUUCGAGCCUAUAUUUGACCCUGAGGCUCUGGGAAUAGUCUUGCGAAUUAUGCAUGCAAGCAAUCAGAAUCUACCGGACAAUGUCACGCUCGAGAUGUUAGUCUCAAUUGGUAAAAUUGUGGACGAUUUGCAGUGCCACGAAGCUCUAUCUUUCUUUGUCAAAGUGUGGACCAGCCGAAUUGGCCAACCUAUUCCUCAUUACAUGUGCAAAUCACUGAUUCAGUGGAUCUUUGUUGCAUCCGUGUUUAAAUUCGAUGAGUAUCUUAGGAAGGCGACAAGAGUUGCAUUGAUGGAUAGCACCGGACACAUCGAUAGUUUGGGGCUCCCCAUUAUCUCAGACAUCAUCGACAAAAUUGAGAAGAAGAGACAUGAUCUUCUAAAAGACCUAGCUGAUCAGCUACAUUCCUCCUUGCAAAACUUAUGCUCAGGAAGUCAUUGCAAUGAGCCGCAAUGUACGUAUGUGAUGAUUGGGGGAUUGUCAAAGAAUAUGAAUGACCUGAAAUUAUUCUCGCCUGCGCCUGAAGGAGCUUUCCCGAAUAUGAGUUUGUGCUCGGCGUUCAAGAAAGUGCGAAGCUUUGACUCACCGCCUCUGUAUAUUCCAUCAAAAACUGCGACUCAAAAAGUACCCCCUUCACCCUAUUCGUCAUGGUCACAACCCAAAGAGAAUGUCUGGGUGUUGAAAGAGGAUUAUCGGUUGGGUCAGAAAGACGAGGUCAAACAACUCAAGAUGCACCAAUGUUCCCUACAGGAAUUGCUCGAGCCCAAGAUCGCUUACUUAGAGACCCAAGCUAAACACAUGAAUUUGACUAAUGUCUGA